AUAUGUGACGUAAUUUCCUGCUGCCAAAUCGCUGUUUACAUGAACUCAUGAAACGUUUGCUAAGCUAACAGUGGUGACAGGUUUUGUGUUUUCUGAAAUAAUGACCGAGGAAUCAGCAGAGGAUAUAAAGUCAGUCCCAAUCGACGGGUUCAGCAAUUUAAGAAUAACGUCUAUAUGGGCCUUUCUUAUGUCUGUGCAAUGGUCGGAGCCCUGGCUGAUUGGGUUGAUAGUGUUUCAUCUAGUGUGCCUUUUCCUCACUGCGGUGACCUGCAGUUACUACAGAGCGCAGAUCUGUCUCUUCGUGCUUAUGGUUGGUCUGGUGUACGCUGCUGAAUAUCUAAAUGAGCUGGCAGCCAGGAAUUGGCGGUCUUUCUCUAAUUUCCAGUACUUUGACUCCAAUGGGAUGUUCAUAUCUUUGGUCUACUCGAUCCCUCUGCUGUUCAACACAGUCAUCAUUGUGAUUGUUUGGGUCUGGAGGACGUUUUCCACAAUGUCCCAGCUAAAGACACUCCAGCUCAAGAGAAAGAUCUCCAGAGAGAACAGACAGAAGAAUAACUGAUAAUGUACGUGUCUGUAAAUCAGCUUCAGUGGGACAAAUUUACAAUCCAUGUGUCCACCCAUGGCCUGAAUUCAGGAGAAGGUGGCACCGUUUGUGGGUUGAAGUCAGAGCUGGAUGUCUUUUUCUGGUACCUGCUGUGGGAUGGAACAAUACAACUUGGAAUGGAAUAUAAAACGUUUAUUAAAACACAGUAAUGUGUCAUGUUCUUUUUAAUAUUUUUUAAAGGACCAAAAUGUUUGAAAAUGUAUGAACUGAAAAAUAGUACUGGUUUUUUAGAAUGACUUUUCUCUUAUUCAUCAUAUAUCAGUUGCCAAUCUGAUAUCCACCACACUGAGAUCAAAAAGAUGGCUUUAAUUGUGCAAUCGUCUUGGAUUUGCACCACUAAAGGGCAGUGUUGACUAUGAGCCUGCUCUCUUUGAGGUAUGUCUGUGGGAAAUUGUGAUCUCAACUCUCACGUAUUUUAUUUUAAAACGUAUAAACUCCACAGGGAGACUCCUUGCCCAAUCCAUAAUGCAAUUGUUGUUUAAUAUUUUCCCAGUUGCAUAAAUACUGCCAGUGUCUGUCAGGAUCUGCUGAUUGGAUAUGAGUGAUUGAUCUGUCUCCUUGAUUGGAGAAUACCUGAGGGAAACCGGACUGUGUUUGUAGUGAAGUGUGAGACGGGGUUUAAAUGCAAUAGCAUUUAGGAAAGUGCAGCAUCCAAACAUUUUGAGAGGUUAAUUUUAUACUUAAAGGAAAUGCACACUUUUAUUCUAACGUAGCCAAAUUUUCAAAGUAAAAAAAUCGUUCAAGUAUCAACAAGACAUCUUUAAGAAUGUUUCACAAGAAAUUAAAAAUGUUUCCUCUAAGCUUAUUAAAAAAAAAAAUCACAUCUGAUAAAAGUUAAGUGGCACAAAUUUGUCAACGAUCUCAAAGCGAGAAGUGUGUCAGAGCUGUCAAAUAUUUCCAUAAGGAUAAUCGGAAUGAUAAAAUGAUCACAUGUGUAAAACCUCACUGAUUAAUAACACCUGAGUCUCCUGAUAUAGUUUUUCUGUUUUAUUGUUCUCCAGAAAUGUCAAAGAAAAACGAUCCUGAGCAAAUCUUCCAGCACACCAUUGCAUGAUCUUUAUUGACGUGAUCCACUCAUAUUUAGUGUAGUUUGCAGCAGUCCAUUGCAAAUACAGAUGUUCUGAAAAGAAGUAAUUGUGUUUGUCAGUUUUUAUAAUUGUAAGCUUGCUGUUGUGGUGCAAUAAAAUCAGUUGGCUUUGUA